AUGAAUCCAGCCAGAAAGAACAAGAUUGACCUAGACGAACGGAAAUAUUUUGACUCUGGUGAUUAUGCGCUUACAAAAGCUGGAAGAACUCAGGGACCUGUUGGUGUUCAGCACCCAUCUCCUGAUAAUAUUCCUCAUGCAAAUGCUAUUGCCGCAACUACUCAUAAUUCUUCACCUGUAAAGGAAAGUUCCUUAGUACAUGAAGCAGAACUUGAUGAUAAACCUGUGGAUUCCGAUGUACAGCCAUCAGAGUCAAACAAUUCAAAUAAUACAUCCACCCCAUCUACGUCUAUUCCUGACACUUCUGAUCCUCCACCAGAGUAG